UCUAAGAACACAAUUUUUCAAAAGUCGUUCUUUUGUCGUUUCUUAAACUCUUUACCUUCAAACACUUUCAUUUUAAAUGGACGGACUAACAAUUUCUUAAUGGCAUAUAUUUUGUGCUAUGAGGAAUAUUCAGGGACUAAGACUAAUCUUUUGACACAAACAUGUGUCUCCCAUGAUUAAUUAAUGUACAAGGAGGUGUUAUUUAUUUCCUUAAUAAUCUCCUCUUAUUAAUAUGCUCUAAUCCAAGCCUUCUCUUCUCAACAAAAAUCUCAACUCACAAAUACUACCAUUUUCAUUAUUUUUCUUGAAAUUUCAAGAAUCAAAUGGCAAAGAAUUACCAGAGUAACACCAAAGACUCCCAAUUUAAGAAGAUUUUCAAGUGGGAUAAUCGAAAACAGAAGAGCCCAAGUUCUGCUAUUAGUGCUGCUGAAAUAAAAGGGAAAUCAAAAUCAACCAUGGCUUCUGGUUCUGGACCAAACAUGGUACUUGUAGAUUACAAUCACACUCCAGGAAAAGUUCAGCAAAAGCAGGAAAUUAAAGGUAUCAAGUCUAGCGAUAGCAAUAAUAAUGACAACUACUUCUCUGCUUAUAUUGAUCGAGUGAAGAACAAAAUGAGAACAACAUCAUCAAGUGUUGGUGUUGAUGUUGAUGAUGGUGGUGGUGCUGGCACAAUUAAAAAGCCUGUAAAAAGAAGAGAUAGUCUCAAUGAUAGGAUUUCUCAUUUCAUCAAUCGCACAAAGGUCAAGAUUAGAACUACAACAAUUGUGAAUCGUGGUGACCGUAUGUAGAGUGUCGUUUUAUAUCAUAUAGUAUUGUAUUAAUGUUAUCGGAAUAAUGUUUUAGAUAGAUUGUAUUGUUUUCAUUAAUAGCAUUUUUCUUGUUCAUUUUGACUUAA